UCCUUCCGGGAGGGCAGCUGCCUGAGCAGGAGGGCAAUGGCAAUCUUUGAAAACUGUGUGUUCUUUAUUAAAGUGAAAUACUUACCCAUUCAGGAGAAGAGCAGGCUGAAAGCGUCCAUAAAAGAAAAUGGUGGAGUAGUUAAUUUUGUGCUUAAUCACAAGAGUACACAUGUUCUUGUGGAUACUGCUGAUGUCCUCAGCUGUUGUGAUGUAAAAAAUAUUCAGAAGUAUCAGCUCCCUGUUUUAUGUGCAGAUUUUGUUUGGAAAUCAAUUGAAAAGGGGAAGCUUUUACAGAUUGAAGCAUAUAAGAUUAAUAAAUCACAAGACAACACUUCUGACCAAAGGCCUGACAGACAGGAUGUGGAAGACUUGUCAUCUGCUGAAAAUAGAAACGCCACAAAGAAAAAUGAAAGCAACAAUUCCAACUUCACUGUUAUUGAAGACAGUGAGAGAAGAAUUGAGUCCAAAGAAGGGACUUCUAGAUUUUACAGUGAAAAUGAUCAAGAUACUCCUUUUUUCCCCCAAGAUUUUGAAGUUGCAAAAUACAGUGUCCUUGAAAAAGUUAACUCCAAGGAAAGCAAAGAUUUUGUAGUUAUUGAAUUACAGUGUGCCCAAGAGCAUUACAAGUUUCCAUUUCGACUAUAUGCACACUUCAGUGCAUCAAAUGGAACAAAGAAUAAUAAACAAUUAAUAACUAAUACUGCUGAAGAAAUAAGAGAAAAGUACGAGACUUUUAUUGCAGACUUGAAGAGACAGGAUUUCCUGCUCAGAGAAACUUUUCCACCAGAAGCAGAAUCUUUAGCUUCUACAAAAUUGCAAAAGUUACUUCUAGAAGAAGCCAUCCAUUCAAGUGCUAUAUGUCAGGAAGUUAGUGAUUUUGUGGAAUUGAUCUGGGCAGAAGCUAUUGGCCACCUGGAUAGUUUACUGCUUGAAUCAGUAAACAACAUGAGCCUAAAUGAUGUGAGCAAAGCAGAAGGUAUUUUACUCCAAGUAAAGAAUGCACUGGAUGAGGGAGCUGGCGAGGUGGCACUACAAGAGAUGAUGAUGGGAUUCUAUCAAGUUAUACGUCACAAAACUCAAAUAGACUAUAAAGUUUCCAAAAAGCUGUUAUCUAGAAAACAGGACCUGUGUCAGCUAAUCAGAGACAUGCUUAAUAUACGUGAAACAAAUAUGUCAUGCUCAAAUCCAUCAUCUUUGGCCAAAUACCGGGCUCUGAGGUGCAAGAUUGAAGCUGUUAACUCAACGAGUUGUGAAUUUCUCAAUGUUGAACAGCAAGUGUUAAAAAACAAUUACAAUGACUGUCCAGUGAGAAUUUUACAAGUGUAUAGGGUUGGCAGAAUAACUGAAACAGCAGAAUUUCUGAGCAGUCUUGGAAACAUUCGAUCCUUAUUCCAUGCAUCAUCUGUGCGCAACUUCAUGGGAAUUCUCUCCAGAGGACUCCUAAUGCCAAAAGUGGUUGUUGAAGAUCAUGGCCUGGAAAGAACUGACACUGGGAAUCUGGGCAGUGGCAUUUACUUCAGUGAUUCUGUUAGCGCAAGUAUUAAGUAUUCAUCACCCAGUGAAAUGGACGGAACCCGGCUCCUGGCAGUUUGUGACGUGGCACUUGGAUCGUGCUUAGAUUUGUAUGAACGAGAUUACUCGUUAAAUAAUGCACCAUCAGGUUAUGACAGUGUGCAUGGAGUCCGUAAAACAGCAGACAUCUCUUCAGACUUUGAGGAUGAUGAAUUUGUUGUGUAUAAACCCUGUCAGGUUAAAAUUAGAUAUGUUGUUAAGUUCUGCCUUGCUGAAGAUCAAAUAAAACCAUUUCAGCCUGCAGUUGGCAUGGAACUGGAGCAAGAUAACAAUGAGCCAGAGUCACAAUGUCAUUUACAGCAUGAGAGCUAUGCAUUACCAAAUGCAAACCUUUCGAAUCCUGUAAAAACUGGUCUUCAGGACAGAUUGGGAAAUCCUGUCCCUCUGGAAGGUGUUUAUAUCAAGGCAAGGAUAAUAGACUUUGUAGCACAGGUAGUAAUGUUUCAGACCUACACCAAUCAAACCACUAAACCAAUUGAAGCUAAAUAUGUCUUUCCUUUGGAUGAUAAAGCUGCUGUUUGUGGAUUUGAAGCUUUUAUCAAUGGAAAACACGUCAUUGGAGAGGUUAAAGAAAAGAAACAAGCACAUAGGGAAUAUCGGAAAGCUAUCAGUCAGGGUGAUGGAGCUUAUCUAAUGGACCAGGAUGCACCGGAUAUUUUUGUAAUAAGUGUGGGAAACUUAUCUCCAAAUUCUACAGUUGUGAUCAAAAUCACCUAUAUCACUGAACUGAGUUUUCAGCAUGGUUGUAUCACCUUUCAUAUGCCUGCUUCAGUGUCACCAUGGCAACAGGACAAAGCAUUAAAUGAAAACACACAGGAUACAAUAAAAAAGGUUUGUGUUAAACAAGUAAAACCACAGAAAAAUGGAUUUUCCGUGGAUAUGUCUAUUGAGAUGCCGUCUAGUAUUGAACGCAUACAUAGUUGGACACAUAAACUUAAAAUAAAGAAAACAGACUGCAAGGCUGUAAUUAAGACUGUGGAGAACAGCUCCUUGGACAUUAGUGGCUUUGUUCUAGAUAUCUGGAUUUCUCAGGUCUACCUACCUCGAAUGUGGGUAGAGAAGCAUCCCAACAAAAUGAGUGAGGCUUGCAUGCUUGUAUUCCAGCCAGAGUUUGAAACAGCAUUUGAAGAAGAGCAGCUGUCCAGUGAAAUUAUUAUUUUACUAGAUUGUUCAAAUUCUAUGGCAGGUUCAGCUCUACACCAAGCAAAACAGAUUGCUUUACGUGUUUUGGAAAUAUUUUGUUUCAGACAAAGAGUGAAUGUAGUCAAAUUUGGCACAAAUUUCGCAGAAUUUUCUUUUGCAAUGAACAUCAUGAAUGAUUCGGCAUCACUGAAGGAGUUUAUUACAUCUGCUACUGCAACAUUGGGAAACACUGAUUUAUGGAAGACAUUACGUUACUUAAGUCUGCUAUUUCCUUCUCAAGGACACCGUAACAUUCUUCUUAUAUCAGAUGGACACAUUCAGAAUGAGAGUGUGACCUUUCAGAUUGUGAAAGAUAAUGUCCAACAUACAAGGUUAUUUACAUGUGGUGUUGGUUCCACAGCAAAUCGACACAUGCUGAGAUCUUUGUCCCACUAUGGUGCUGGAGCAUUUGAAUACUUUGACCCAAAAUCAAAGUAUAACUGGGAGGCAAAGAUACAGAGCCAGGUAUCUAGAAUAUUUUCUCCAGGAUGCAGUUCAGUUUCUAUUAAAUGGCAACAGUUUAAUACAGGUGCACCAGAGCCAAUGCAGGCUCCUGCUCAAAUACAGUCUUUAUUUAACAAUGAGAGACUUCUUGUCUAUGGAUUCAUCCCUCACUGUACUCAGGCCACCUUAAGAGCAGUAAUAAAUGACCAAGAACUACAGACUGUGGUGUCAACUACUGAACUACAGAAGACAACAGGAACAGUGCUGCACAAACUUGCAGCAAGAGCUUUCAUUAAUGACUAUGAAGAUGGGAUUCUUCAUGAGAAUGAAACAGAACAUGAGAUGAAGAAACAAGUCUUGAAAAACAUGAUUAUUCACCUCAGCUUGGAGAACUCAAUUAUAAGCCAGUUUACAAGCUUUGUUGCAGUUGAGAAAAGGGAUGCUAAUGAAACUUUUUCUGCUGAUACUCCAAACAUCCUGGAAAUUAUUGCUCAAGAAGAUGUAGAUUUUUUACCUUACAUGGACUGGGACCAAAAGUCAGUGGAAUCUGGCUUCUUAUUUUCAGAAGAAAUUGCCUUUGGUGCCCUGGCAUGUUGCCCAGCAGUAGAUGAGAUUUAUUCAGCUGAUUUCCUAAGUGAGAAAGGUGAACCUGAAAGCUUCCAAUUUCAACCUGAAGAAGAUUCUGUUAGUCAAAAGAACAUCUCACCAAAAAACAUGGCGCAGGGCUUUGUAAAUGUUUCUGAACUUGGAAGUAGUAUUUGCGGUCUCAAAUCAAAUUUCAGUUCUGAUAGAGGUAUCACAAAGGAAAGAUCAUCUGGAACAAGGGCAUCUUCACCAUAUGACCUUCAUCAGCUGGAAGCUGCUGAACCUUUCUCAUUCCAAAACUUUGGUUUUAAACCUAAGCCAGGAGAAGGAAUUGAUCUGACUCAGCAAAAAUCACUUCAGACACCUGCACUUACAAAAUUAGAUGUUUGUGUGGAUGUUCCUGAACCUGCUCCUCCUCCUCCCCCUCCCUAUUGUUUUCAAAAAUCAGUGGGAGGCACGAAACAAGUUUAUUCUUUUUGUGCUGCUCCAGUGCAGGGUUUAUUCUCGUUUGGUUCACCUACCCCUACAUGCACAAAUUUUGAAAAGACUAAUGUUGAAAAAGAAGUUACUCCCAAAUUUCCUGUUUUUCAAGCUAAUAGAAAAGAAGCAUUGCCACGGUUAAGGUGUAAGAAAAAGGCAAUACAUCAGCAUGAUAUUACGGCUCCUGAAGAAGAAUUUACUGAGAAGUUUAAGGUUGUGGAACAACCUUACUGUUUUAUGCCAACACAGAGGAUUCAACAAGGACUUCCGUUCAGUUCAGUAAAUAGGAAUGAAAUUCCUGAGCUCCAAAAUCAGGAACAAUCGAGGUGCUUUAUAACAACAGAGAAAGAAAGGAUUCAACACAGAAUUGAGUUGACUUCUGUAAACUGGAAAGAAAUUUUUGCGCUCCAAAAUCAGGAUGGCUCUUGGAAUCUCAGUCCACAGUUGGGAAAAAUCUUGAAAUUUGAUGUUGAUCAUUUAAUUAACAACUUCCUUAUUAGAAAAGGCAUUCAGUCACUUGGCCCAAAUGGAAAAGAAAAGCUCCUGCAAUUGAUUGCUACUCUUCUUGUGCUACAGUUCAUACGCUGCACAAAAGAAUUGAAAGGGAUAGUUUUCAAAACACUGAUGAAACUGGAUGAUUCAUCUAAUUCAAGUGGUGUUCAUUGGGCUUUUGAGUUGAUCAAGAAAGCAGUAGAGUGGGUAAGAAGAGUUGAGAGGCGAUUUCCAUCUAUUUGCUAUCGACUUGAACUUGGGAAAGACUGGGAUUCUGCCACCAAGAAGAUAUUGGGUAUCAAGUUUAUCUAACAUCAA